AGAUAAUAAUCUUAUUUGUAGCUUUUUGUUAAUUUUUACUAACUUUGGGUAAAAUAAUGAAAAAUUUGUUGAGUGGGAUCUACCAGCAAUGAAAUAGUUAGGGAAUGAAUUGGUGUCUAGUAUUUGGAUGGAUUCUAUGUAUAUGUGAGGCAAAAAAUCUAAUUGUAAGUUGUAUUGAUGAAACAACUAUUGUUGAUGAUGUACAGAACCAAACCGGAAACUUGUGCAUUGCAAAAGACAUCAGGAGUUUUCAGGAAUACUGGUCAAACGAAAAUGAAACCCCGGCUGUUGCUCCAACUUUCAUGGAAAAUGUUUCAAUGAAGAUUAUUAACGAUAACAUCGAACUUACGUUAACAUGGGAACAAAGAGUUAAAGAUUUCUUACAUACAACUGGUUACUUAUUGGAAGCAUCUUCUUGUUGCUAUGAUGGUCCUUCUAUAUUAACCUAUUUUGAUGCCAGUGCUGUUAAGUUAACUGCACGACAAUAUUCACUAAAUCAGAGCAUUACUUUUCAUCAUGACUUCACAAGAACUAACCUAAUCCAGUUAGGUGACAUAUUUACAUUCACUUUGGUUGCCAUGCCCACAUACAAAAAAAAGACGGAGAAAGUUUGUGAUAUAAUUACUGUCAAAAUUGCAGAUACAUUUGGGAAUAAUACCCUUGUUGCUGUUCAUGAAGAAUGUUCAUCGGAUGACGAUGAUUUUGACACAGAUGAUGAGGAUUAUCCAUCCCAUGAUUCGAAUACAGAAGAGCCGCCAACCUUCACAAUAUAUAAAAGUUUAAUCGUUGUUUCCGUCACAGCUUCAAUCAUCACACUCGGUUUUCUUGUUGGCAUGAUGUAUGUAAGACACACUGGCAUUUUACCUCCAUUUUUACGAAAAAAGGAAAAGGUUUCUGCCACGCAAACAUUAUUCCUGUUAAGUUCUAUGGAAACAAAUCAACUAUACAAGGAAGUUUCAAAUGUGAUUGUGUCAAUAUUUAAUAAAAACGACACAAAAUUCAACUUAAGAUGUUCAACAAGCAUGGGGUGUGAAUAUAGUUGGUUUAAAGAGCAGGUUGAUCAAUGUCAGCACAUUGUGUUGAUUUGCACUCCAUGUUGUUCUGAGUAUUCUUUAUUUCAAAAACUGGAUUCUUUUUAUGCUGGUGUGGAAUAUGCCAUCAAGCAAGGAAAGUUUUACCCAGCUUACCAAGACAAACAAGUUUCUGUGGUCUACUUCAAUCAAGAAUCGAAGUUUUAUUUCCCAGAACUGCUAAACGUUUGCAAAGUGAAGUGGUUUAAUCUUGCGCUGGAAAUACAAGCUUUUAUUAGUCAUGUUUCCCCAACUGCUGUAGCAAGUAGCAACGUGGAAAACAACAUUCAACAGAUAUUGGGAAGAAUCUCGCAUGAAACACUCGUUAAUAUGCCAGGGUUGGCUUUGAAAAGCUCAACAGAAAAUUCCCCUGCAGACAGUUUACAAACUGAAAAAGAAUCACUUUUAUAAAAGGAAGAAAACUUCUUUAAGUUGCCAACUAUUGCUUGCUUCUGUAAUUCAGUGGAUUUUUUCAGCAGGGUAAGAAAAAUUUCUAUGCAAUGUCAUCAUGUUUGUUUAAUUACUUAUGUUGUUGCCUUACUGUUUAAUUUUUUCUGAGGCACCUGACAUCACACUUUAAUAUUAAGCACUUGUACAUACUAAUUGUAGUUAACUUUUGUACUGACACUUAAUUUGUCAUUAAUCUUUAUGUUAAUGUUGUUCGUACUGUCAUUUCUAUUGCAAUGUACUGUGUUUAAUGAUGUUGAUACUAGUUUAAUUGUUUGCAAAUUUGUCACCUUCAUAAUUUGAGUUUUGUUGCAAUA